UCGAAUAACACCAAACUUAACGUGAUUGAACAAGUUUUGACAAAGGAAAGACCCCUUAGAUUAAGUCUCCGCGAAACAGAUUUUGCCGCUGUGGAGAAAUCCAGCAGACAUGCCCACCUCGCACUUUCGAAUGAUAUAACCGUAUUUACUAAAGAUAAUUAGCCUGUGUAGUUAUUGUUUCGAUCUCUCGCUGCAGGGGGAAUUAAUAGGAAUUAAUAGAGGCAGGAUAAUUAUUUAAGGGAGGGACAGUAAGCUUUUAGGGUAUAUCGACCGAAAAUUUAUUUUAUCAUUUUUUAUUAACAGAAAGUCGUGGUCUAGAAUUCAAAAAUCAACUUUUGGAAGCACAGUUUAUGAGAAAAUGCUUGAAAUGCCCGUCCAUUGAACGUCUUUUCAAUCCAUCAGAUCCAUUAGCUAUUUCGCGUCAUGAACGUUAUUUUACUGAAUUAGCUCAAUGGGCAGUAGAUGGAUUGUCAGAACCCGAUAAAAUUUUAAGUAAUUGGUUAGAGAUGGUUGGAAGGGAACAUGCUCAAUUUCGUGUAAAGCGUUCACAUUGGGAUUUUAUGGGGGAGGCUUUAGCUGAAUCUAUUUGUCAAUCAGCAACAAUUACUGGUAGACAAAGACGUGAAACUGUACAUGCUUGGCGUUUACUUCUUUCAUUUCUUGCUGAUAGACUUGGAGGAAGUUCAUCAGCCCCAAUUGCCUCAACUCAAGAUGGUGGGAUUGGCUUUAAUCGUAUCCAUCUUCUACAACUUGUAGCUGAUGGCCCGAGACAGGGGCAGGUUGAAGAGAAGGAAGUAAAGAUGUUAUGA